UCUCACUCUCUCUCUCUCUUUUUCUCUGUGUCUUUUUGUCUCUCUUUCAUCACAUAAAAAGGGCGAAAUUUCGCCGCCUCUCACAGCCUCAGCCACUCCUCCCUCUGCUCCUCCCUCUAUACCCCCUUUUGCUUACACCCCACUCUCUCUCUCUCUCUCUCUCGCUGAGUAAUUUCAUCGAACACUUUAUCUGCGAUUGGUGGAGAGCUUUAUCUCAUUGAUUGUCUGAAUUAGGGGGCAGAGAUGGCGGGGAAAUCGAACAAAGGGAAGAACAGGAGAGGAGCACAUAAUACUACAAAUUCUUCUGAAUCAGUGGUUUCAUCUGAUGCUCCUGCAAAAGAUAAUUUAAGUGCUUCAGAGUCCACUAAAGCUGAUGCAAAUGGUGUUCCUACUGUGGAUGUAACAACUAAUGCGGUGCCAGAGGUAAAGGAGUCUGAAACAGAAAAUGCAGCUGGCCAACAGAAGCAAGGUGAAGCAGGUGACAUUCAUCUUUACCCUGUCUCUGUCAAGACACAAAGUGGUGAGAAACUUGAGCUGCAACUGAAUCCAGGAGAUUCUGUCAUGGAUAUAAGACAAUUUCUUCUUGAUGCUCCAGAGACAUGCUAUUUCACAUGCUAUGACUUAUUGCUGCACACGAAGGAUGGUUCCGCUCACCAUCUAGAAGAUUUUAAUGAAAUUUCAGAAGUAGCUGACAUUACUACCGGUGGUUGCUCGUUGGAGAUGGUUCCCGCAUUGUAUGACGAUAGAUCUAUAAGGGCUCAUGUUCACCGUACAAGAGAAUUGCUUUCUCUUUCCACACUUCAUGCCUCUCUAUCAACGUCCCUUGCAUUGCAGUAUGAGACAACACAAAACAAAGCUUCUAGUCCAGGAGAUACAGUAAAAACUGAGGUCCCAGAGCUUGAUGGUCUGGGUUUUAUGGAGGACGUUGCUGGAUCACUGAAUAAUUUGCUAUCAUCAUCUUCAACAGAGAUCAAAUGUGUGGAGAGCAUUGUGUUUUCCUCCUUUAAUCCUCCUCCAAGCUACAGAAGGCUUGUUGGUGAUUUGAUUUAUUUGGAUGUAGUAACAUUGGAGGGUAAUAAAUUCUGUAUAACUGGAACUACAAAAAUGUUUUAUGUCAACUCAAGCCCUGGGAAUUCACUUGACCCAAGGCCGAGUAAGACCUCCUCUGAAGCAACCACCCUUGUUGGGCUCUUGCAAAAAAUAAGCUCCAAGUUCAAGAAAGCAUUUCGUGAAAUUUUGGAGAGAAGAGCCUCUGCACAUCCUUUCGAAAAUGUUCAAUCUUUGUUGCCACCAAACUCCUGGCUGGGAUCAUAUCCAGUUCCUGAACAUAAACGUGAUGCAGCCAGAGCAGAGGACACAUUGACUCUUUCAUACGGCAGUGAGCUGAUUGGCAUGCAAAGAGAUUGGAAUGAGGAGUUGCAAUCUUGUCGAGAAUUCCCCCAUACAACUCCUCAGGAAAGGAUUUUGCGGGAUAGGGCCCUCUACAAAGUAACAUCAGAUUUUGUUGAUGCAGCGAUUAGUGGUGCUAUUGGAGUGAUCAGCAGAUGUAUACCCCCAAUAAACCCAACAGAUCCAGAGUGCUUUCAUAUGUAUGUUCACAACAAUAUAUUCUUUAGUUUUGCUGUGGAUGCGGACCUUGAGCAGUUGUCCAAGAAGCGUUCAUUAAAUGCUAAUUCAAACAUUGAGAAUUCAAGCUUGUCAAACAGUUCAUCUGAUAAGGCUUCCAGUUUGUUGCACGGAGACAGUGGUAUUCCGAAUGGGGAAAAAUGUGAACCAAAAAUUACAGGUGAAGGUGAUAAUGUAGUGGAAGUUCCUUCCAAUGUGUCUGCCGAAACACAAUUGACAGAGAGUGAGCAGGCUACAUAUGCUUCUGCAAAUAAUGAUUUGAAAGGCACCAAGGCAUACCAGGAAGCUGAUGUGUCUGGACUUUAUAAUCUUGCUAUGGCCAUAAUUGAUUACAGAGGUCAUAGAGUUGUAGCUCAGAGCGUUUUACCUGGCAUUCUUCAAGGGGAUAAGUCAGACUCUCUUCUGUACGGUUCUGUUGACAAUGGCAAGAAGAUAUGUUGGAAUGAAGAUUUUCAUUCCAAGGUUCUUGAGGCUGCUAAGCGCCUUCAUUUGAAGGAACACACUGUUCUAGAUGGAUCUGGAAAUGUUUUCAAAUUAGCUGCCCCAGUGGAAUGCAAGGGUAUUGUUGGUAGUGAUGACAGGCAUUAUCUUCUGGAUUUAAUGAGAGUAACUCCUCGCGAUGCAAACUAUACUGGACCUGGAUCCAGAUUCUGUAUCUUGAGACCAGAACUAAUUACCGCCUUUUGCCAGGCCCAAGCUGCAGAAAGAUCAAAAUUUAAGUCUGAAGGAGAUGCUCAUGUGACCACUGAUUCUUCAACAGUUGCAGGUGUUAACGAACAGGAUGUAACAAAAGAAGGGAGGGACGAGAAUGUUAAGGAUUGUGCUUCUUCCCAAGCUGAAACUGAACCACAUGAGGACAUUCUUUUCAACCCUAAUGUCUUAACUGAAUUUAAGUUGUCCGGGAGUCAAGAGGAGAUAGCAGAAGAUGAAGAAAAUGUAAGGAAAGUGAGUUCAUAUCUUACGAAUGUUGUGCUUCCAAAGUUUGUACAAGAUCUCUGCACGCUUGAAGUUUCACCUAUGGAUGGACAAACAUUAACUGAAGCACUCCAUGCUCAUGGAAUUAAUGUUCGCUAUAUUGGAAAAGUGGCUGAUGGGACAAAACAUUUACCUCAUUUGUGGGAUCUUUGUUCUAAUGAGAUUGUUGUUAGGUCUGCAAAGCACAUCCUCAAGGAUGUUUUGAGAGAUAUAGAGGAUCAUGAUAUUGCGCUAGCUAUAUCACAUUUCUUCAACUGCUUUUUUGGAAGUAUUCAAGCUGUUGGGUCAAAAGUUGCUGCCAACAAUAUGCAGUCCAGAACCCACAAAAAGGACCAAGGAGGCCAUCAAUCUUCAGGAAAGCCUUCUAAGGGGCAAGGAAGGUUUAAAGGUGGGGCGUCUGCAAGGAAGAAUCAAUUGUCAUUUAUGAAUGUUAGCUCAGAAACUCUAUGGUCAGACAUACAAGAAUUUGCUAAACUCAAAUAUCAGUUCGAGUUGCCAGAGGAUGCAAGGUCACAUGUAAAGAAAGUUUCUGUUAUACGGAAUCUUUGCCAGAAGGUAGGCAUAACUAUUGCAGCUCGCAAAUAUGAUUUUAAUUCUGCAGCACCUUUCCAAACGUCCGACAUCAUGAAUCUCCAACCUGUAGUGAAACAUUCAGUUCCCUUGUGUUCAGAAGCCAAGGAUCUUGUGGAAACGGGUAAAAUCCAAUUGGCUGAGGGAAUGCUUAGUGAAGCCUACACAUUAUUUUCUGAGGCAUUUUCAAUACUUCAGCAGGUUACUGGUCCAAUGCAUCGGGAAGUUGCUAAUUGCUGUCGGUAUCUUGCCAUGGUUUUGUAUCAUGCAGGAGACAUGGCUGGUGCGAUAAUGCAACAGCACAAGGAACUGAUAAUAAAUGAACAGUGCCUAGGUUUGGACCACCCUGACACUGCUCACAGUUAUGGCAAUAUGGCUCUUUUCUACCAUGGACUUAACCAAACAGAACUUGCGUUGCGGCACAUGUCUCGGGCAUUGCUCUUGCUAAGCUUGUCAUCAGGCCCAGAUCACCCUGAUGUUGCUGCAACUUUUAUAAAUGUUGCAAUGAUGUACCAAGACAUUGGAAAUAUGAACACAGCUCUUCGUUAUCUGCAAGAAGCUUUGAAAAAAAAUGAAAGGCUUCUAGGCGAGGAACAUAUCCAAACUGCUGUAUGCUAUCAUGCUCUUGCCAUUGCUUUCAAUUGUAUGGGUGCCUUCAAGCUUUCUCACCAGCAUGAGAAGAAAACCUAUGAUAUACUUGUCAAACAACUUGGUGAGGAGGAUUCAAGGACACGUGACUCCCAAAACUGGAUGAAAACAUUUAAGAUGCGUGAGUUACAGAUGAAUGCACAAAAGCAAAAAGGCCAAGCUUUGAAUGCAGCUUCUGCUCAAAAAGCUAUUGAUAUUUUGAAGGCCCAUCCUGACUUAAUACAGGCAUUCCAAGCUGCUGCAACAGCUGGAGGGUCUGGGACUUCGGGCACUUCUGUCAAUAAAUCUCUUAAUGCUGCGAUAAUUGGUGACAAUCCUCCUCGAGGGAGGGGAGUUGAUGAAAGAGCUGCCCGUGCAGCAGCUGAAGUCAGAAAGAAAGCUGCAGCUAGGGGCCUCUUGAUACGUCCACAUGGUGUUCCGGUACAAGCUAUGCCACCACUUACUCAACUCCUCAAUAUUAUCAAUUCAGGUAUGACCCCUGAUGCGGCAGAAGGUGGGGAAUCUGAUGGAGUGAAGAAGGAAGCCAAUGGCCAUCCUUCAAAUGGCCCAGUGGAUUCCAAAAAUGAUGAAUUGACAUCAGGGCAAGAAGAUCAGGCUCCUGUUGGAUUGGGCACAGGCUUAGCAUCAUUGGAUGCCAAGAAACAAAAAGCAAAAGCCAAAGCUGCUGCUUGAAUUGUUGCACAGUUGAGAUUACGCUGAUCGGUAAGGAAACCCCUUAUUUAUCUAUGAGAAUUGGAAUGAUUUCCAAUAUGGCAUCAGAGCCUUUUGUUUUGUUGUUUGAGUGAUGAACAAUCCCGUUUAUCCAUGGAUCUCAGAAGCUAUAAAGGGUAUUGAGAUGUGCCCGUUGACCUACAGGUAUUCCUUUUCGUUUUAACCAAUAAUCAGGGUCAUAUACUCCGGAGAUCAUGCCAACCAAUAGAUUAAAUAUAUUCUUCUAGGUACUGACUGAAGAAUGAACUUGUCAGUUUUCCUAUCUUUUGAUUUUUAAUUAAAUUUUGAGCAAUUUUGGGGCGUCAUGUGAAAGCAUUUCAAUGUUUAAUAUGUAAAACAGUGUGUUAAUUUCCCUCAAAAAUGAGAUGAGCUUAUUUCCUUUGUUUGAGAA